UUCAACUUCGACUGUCAUCAUGUCGGACGCCUCUCUUCAAAACGCCGGCAAGAGAAAGCGCGCCAGUAUGUAUACCAAUUUUCUCUUCCGAGGCUGAGGCUGGUUCCUAGAUGAUGGAAGGGUUCACACGCCCGCCGCCUUGGCCUUCUCUCUCCCACCUCAUCUCUGUUUGCUUUUUCCCCCUCUUCCCCUCAUUUUUUCGCGCCGACCGCCAUCAUUGUCAGCACCGUCCCUGUCAAGCACCGACGAUCAUCCGAUCGCUUUUAUCAGCCUUCUUCGACUACCCUAAUCGCUAUCAUUUUUGUUUUUUUCUGUCCCCUACCAUCCUAUCUCUCGAUUGAAUACUCAGGUCUUCGGUCUUUUCGCUUCUCUGUCCUCUCGCUACCGUCGCUUUUUCUCCAGUAUGGCCGCUAAUCCGAAUCAACUGCCAGGGACCCAGUCUUGCCCUCCGCCUGAAUUGCCUCAGCUCGUCGCAGAGCAACAUGUUCCGAUUCCCGCUCAUGAUAAGGACACUCAGCGUCUGAUCGUCGUCCUCUCCCAUGCCAGCUUGGAAACCUACCGCGCUUCUAGCGGCCGCAAUGGCUCGAGUCGUGACGAGAAGUAUUCGCUCCUCAAUAGCGAUGAGCAUAUUGGUGUCAUGCGCAAGAUGAACCGGGAUAUCAGUGAGGCUCGUCCAGACAUCACACAUCAGUGUCUGCUUACCCUGCUCGACUCCCCUGUGAACAAGGCUGGCAAGCUCCAAAUCUUCAUCCAUACCGCCAAAGGGGUCUUGAUCGAAGUCAACCCCUCUGUCCGCAUUCCCCGUACCUUCAAGCGUUUUGCUGGCUUGAUGGUGCAGCUUCUGCACCGUCUGUCCAUCCGCUCCACCAACUCCCAGGAGAAGCUCCUUAAGGUCAUCAAAAACCCCAUCACCGAUCACCUGCCGCCCAACUGCCGUAAAGUGACCCUGAGUUUCGAGGCUCCAGUCGUCCGGACCCGCGACUACAUCGAGUCCCUCGGCCCCAAGGAGAGUGUCUGUAUCUUCGUGGGUGCCAUGGCCAAGGGUCACGAUGACUUUGCCGAUUCCUUCAAGGACGACACGAUCAGUAUCAGCAAUUACAGUCUGAGUGCCAGUGUGGCCUGUAGCAAGUUCUGCCAUGCCGCGGAGGAGGUGUGGGACAUCGUCUGAGCCCAACUGCUGGAAUGACCCCUUCCUUUGUCCGAACAUUGGCCCCAGAUUGACGAGGUGACGAAUUUCCUUGCGUGAAUGUGGGGGGUAGAUGCGGGGUUGGAUUGCGAGCUGGAGGUUAUCCGGGUGCCGAUCGGGGACGAAGACCUGCCGUU